AUGGGUGCUAUACCUUCUAAACAAGUAGAACCAAUCUAUAAUCUUUCUCAAAAGCACCAACCUUCAGAGUUCAGUGGUUCAAACGAUCCGGGGGUGUCAGAGGAGUGGUUAAAGACUAUCGAACAGGCAAUGGGUUUGUUUCCUAUGAGUGACCAGGAAAAAGUUCGCUAUGCUUCCUAUUUGUUAAAAGGAGAUGCUCGGGUAUGGUGGAAGCUAAUGGAGCAUACCUAUGUGACGAGUGCCCUUUCUUGGAAUGAAUUCAAAAGGCUAUUUGAAGCAGAAUACCGGUCGGCAGACAUGUUAUCCGUAAAGACUCAAGAUUUCACGGAAUUGAAGCAAGGUAAUAUGACUGUUAGAGAGCAUGCUACAAUGUUUAACUCCCUAGCAUGUUUUGCUCCUACCGUGGUGAGUACUCAACAGUGCCGGUUAGAGAGAUUUGUUAAUGGAUUACACCCAAAAGUUGCCCAGAUUGUUAUAGCGGGUGGUCAACCUCCUCAGACUUACAGUGAGGCCCUAGAAUGA